AUGGCACAGCCUAAGAACUGGCCGGCAGGGCUCCCGUAUCUCUCAGCCCCGGCACACUCCCGGCUCCUAACCCCGGCCCAACGGCAGACCAUCAGCCAGAAGUCGGCAGAUCUGCCUGACAUCCCGGCGCAGGCCACGGUUCUCCCGAGCCCGUUGGUCAAAAUCACGCCCAUCACAGACGACACGCACCCAGCCAAGGGUCAGAGCGGUCUCUUCGCGGCGCGGCACCUCAAGCCGGGGACCUUUGUCUUGCCGUACCUGGGCACCGUACACCCAGAGAUGCCGUCCGAGUCAGACUACGACCUGUGGCUGGACCGGGAGGCCGAAGUCGCGGUUGACGCGGACAAGAGCGGCAACGAGGCGCGGUUCGUGAACGAUUAUCGGGGAAUUGCGGAGAGGCCCAACGCGGAGUUUCGCGAGGUUUGGUGUCAAAGAUUUCGGCAGCGGUGUAUGGCGGUUUGGGUGCUGCCUGAAGGGAAGAAUGGUCGUGGGAAGGGGGGCAUCGGGAAAGGGGAGGAAAUCUUGAUUAGUUACGGCAAGGGGUUUUGGGGGACUCGGAAGAACGAGCAGGGUUGA